AUGUGCAGGGCUUUGACGUGGUCUACAAUGAAGUCUGGGGCCACGUUCUCUCUGCUUUUGAUCAUCCUGAUUGUGCCUUGGUGCUGUGGCUCUGAAGGCGGUGGAGUGAGGAACUUUGAAUGCAAGUGUGACGCAUCAACGUGCGGCGCGGGCAGCCGGUGUUUUGGACAAAAGUGUUUCACCUUGCUGUCCGUGCAGAAUGGGACCGCGGUGACCGAGAAGGGGUGCAUUGUGGGGAGCGAAGACGUCUCUUGUUCACGCCCACAGAGUUCUGAGCUACUGGUGGAAUGCUGCGAAGGAGACUGGUGCAACAGCAAUUCCUCAAUGCAGCUUCCAGUUAAAGAUGUGGAAGUGUCGGCUGGACGGCCUGUCCUCCGGGAACAGCUGUGUGCGUGCGACGGCGCCCACUGCAGGCAGGAGCAGAGCUGCACAGGUCAGCACUGCUUCUCCUCACUCACACUGACCGACGGGCUGGCCACACAGCAGAAGGGCUGCCUGAGGGACGACCAGGAGGGCAGAGACACCUGUGCCACCCCACCCUCCUCCACCCGCGUGGUCAAGUGCUGCCAGGGCCAUCUGUGCAACAUGAACGUGAGCGUGCAGGCUCUGGGGAAAGAAGAGGCGGUGAAGCCCGUGGCGCGAGAGGAGCACGAGUGCGUUUGCCAGGGCAGCUCCUGUGAGACGCUGAACCGCUGCAGGGGCCACCAGUGCUUCUCCUCGCUCACCGUGAACGCCGGCUCUCUGGUGUACCAGAAGGGCUGCUUUAAAGUCUACGAGCAGAGCACACUGACCUGCAAGACCCCGCCCUCCCGCGACCAGAUUGUGGAGUGCUGCUACGGCCACCUCUGCAACAUGAACAGCACCGUGCAACUGCCGCUCAAAGCAGUGGAGCUCUCCCACUACAGCGUGACCACUCUGGCUAUUGUCAUCGUGGCACCCAUAAUAAUCCUGAUCCUCCUCUCCGCCAUCGCCAUCAUGGUGUUCCGCCGACUCCACCACAACCAGAUGGAGAGGCUGACCUCCCGGGACGCCGAAUAUGGAACCAUCGACGGCCUCAUAGCUUCCAACGUGGGGGAGAGCACUCUGGCAGACCUGCUGGACCAUUCGUGCACUUCAGGGAGCGGCUCCGGACUGCCCUUCUUGGUCCAGAGAACAGUGGCCCGACAAAUCACUCUGAAUGAAUGUGUGGGAAAAGGUCGCUAUGGCGAAGUGUGGAGGGGGCAGUGGCAAGGCGAGAAUGUGGCUGUCAAAAUCUUCUCCUCCAGAGAUGAGAAGUCCUGGUUCAGAGAAACUGAGAUUUACAACACUGUGCUGCUAAGGCAUGAGAACAUUCUAGGCUUCAUCGCUUCAGACAUGACCUCUCGUAACUCCAGCACACAGCUCUGGCUCAUCACUCACUACCACGAGUUGGGCUCCUUGUACGACUACCUGCAGCAGAGCACGCUGGAGUCCCUCGGCUGCAUGCGGAUGGCACUGUCCAUCGCCAGUGGCCUCGCACACCUCCACGUGGAGAUCUUUGGCACUCAAGGAAAACCGGCCAUCGCCCACCGGGACCUGAAGAGCAAAAACAUCCUGGUCAAAAAGAACGGCCAGUGCUGCAUUGCUGAUCUGGGUUUGGCGGUCAUGCAUUUCCAAGACACCAAUGAGCUCGACGUGGGCAACAACCCAAAAGUGGGCACCAAGCGCUACAUGGCCCCGGAGGUCCUGGACGACUCUAUCCAGAUGGACUGCUUCGAGUCCUUCAAGCGGGUGGACAUCUGGGCCCUGGGGCUGGUGCUCUGGGAGAUCGCCAGGAGGACCAUCAGCAAUGGUAUCGUAGAGGACUACAAGCCGCCUUUCCACGACGUGGUCCCCACUGACCCCAGCUUUGAGGACAUGAGGAAAGUUGUGUGUGUGGACCAGCAGAGGCCUGUGAUCCCAAACCGCUGGUUUUCUGACCCGACAUUAAGUUCCUUGGCCAAACUCAUGAAAGAGUGCUGGUACCAGAACCCUUCAGCUCGAUUAACAGCAUUACGGAUCAAAAAGACGCUCACAAAAAUCGACAGCUCUCUGGACAAAAUCAAAACAGACAUUUGA